AUGCAUCUUCGAUCGAUUAUUCGGCAUCGAACUGUUCUAUCAACAUCGCUUCGUAUUCUUCAAAGUUAUUCACCAGCUGUUUCAAAUCAAUCAAAUUAUCAUCAUUUAAUUCUUCAAAAACCUAUUGGUCGUACAACAAUAUCUAUUCAACGCUAUUUGGCUACAAAUAGUAAACCAGAGAAUGUUACAUCAGUACCACAUACGGAAAAACAUCAAUUUCAAGCUGAAACUCAAGAAUUAUUGCAUAUUGUUGCAAAAUCACUUUAUUCAGAUAAGGAAAUAUUUAUUCGUGAAUUAAUUUCUAAUGCAAAUGAUGCAUUAGAAAAAUUACGUUAUGUGCAAUUAGCAGCAGGUGGUGAACGAAUAGAGGAUGAUAAACGUGAAAUUUAUAUUACCGUUGAUGAUAUUAAUAAAACAAUGACAAUAAAAGAUACUGGUAUUGGUAUGACAAAAGCUGAAGCCAUUGACAAUUUAGGUACAAUUGCUCGAUCGGGUUCAAAAUUAUUUUUAGAAGAAUUAAAAAAAGAAAAAGGUGCUCUCGAUGAAGGAAAAAUUAUUGGUCAAUUUGGUGUUGGAUUUUAUUCAGCAUUUAUGGUAUCAAAAUCAGUUGAAGUAAUAACUCGAUCAUAUAAAAAAGAUGAACCUGCUUAUCGAUGGACAUCGGAUGGAUCUGGUACAUAUGAAAUUGAAACUUUACUUGAUGAUGUUGAUCGUGGAACAUCAAUUCGAUGUUAUUUACGUGAUGAUUGUGCUGAUUUUAGUAAAGAAGAAACGGUUAAACAGAUCGUAAAAAAAUAUAGUAAUUUUGUCUCAGCUCCCAUCUAUAUCAAUGACGUCCGUGUUAAUAAUCUUCGCGCCUUAUGGAUGGAAGAUAGUAAAUCUAUAACUGAAGAUGAACAUACUGAAUUCUAUCGUUUUAUUUCUGGGCAAUAUGAUAAACCACGAUAUACCUUGCAAUAUAAAAUUGAUGUACCAAUCAAUUUAAGAGCACUUAUUUAUGUGCCGCAAUAUAAACCAAAUAUAUUCGAUGUAACACAAGAAGCUGAUGUAGGUAUUGCUUUAUAUAGUCGAAAAGUAUUGAUUCAAUCUAAGGCUAAUCAACUAUUACCACGAUGGCUUCGAUUUGUUAAAGGUGUUGUUGAUAGUGAAGAUAUUCCUUUAAAUUUAAGUCGUGAACUUUUACAAGACAGUAAUCUUAUUCGAAAAAUUCGUUUAUUAUUAACACAACGUGUUAUACGUUUUCUUCAAGAACAAGCUAAAAAAGAUAAACCUAAAUAUCAAGAAUUUUAUGAAGAUUAUAAAUUAUUUUUUAAAGAAGGAAUUGUUCGAACAGCUGAUCAAGGUGAAAAAGAAGAUAUUGCUAAAUUAUUACGUUUUGAUUCAUCACGUGAAGAACAUGGAAAUUUAAUUAGUCUUGAUGAAUAUAUUGAACGUAUGUUACCGGAUCAAAAACAUAUUUAUUAUUUAGCUGCACCAUCAAAAGAAUUAUGUGAAAAUUCACCAUAUUAUGAAGCUAUUAGACAAAAAGGUUAUGAAGUUUUAUUUGUUUAUGAAUCACAUGACGAAGUAUUACUUAUGCAAUUAGCCGAAUUUGAUAAGAAAAAAUUAAAAUCAGUUGAAUCAGAACUUGAAACUGAUACAAAAAAAGAUGAUGUAAUUCUUGAAGGAGAUACUCGUAGUUUAACUCAAGAUGAAGCAAAUACUUUAAAGCAAUGGAUACUUAAACAAUUUGGUGAUAAAAUCAAAAAUGUUAAAAUCAAUACAAAACUUGAUCAACAUCCAUGUAUAAUAACAACGAAUGAAAUGGGUGCUGUUCGUCAUUUCUUAAAAACGAAUUUACUUCAAAGAAAUAAACAACAAGAAAUUUAUAAAGUUCUUCAACUUAACUUUGAUAUUAAUCCAAAACAUAUCUUGAUUAAAAAACUUUAUUCACUUCACAAAUCAACUAAUACACAAUUAGCAACAAUGCUUGGUCAACAAUUAAUCGAUAAUGCAUUGGUUACAGCUGGCCUUAUUGAAGAUCCACGUUUGGUACUUACUGGUUUAAAUAAAUUAUUAGAAAAAGUACUUGAAAAAUAUUAG